ACCCAGCGAGCGUAUGUCUCCCUAAAGAACCUCCGGGUUCGCACCUGCGCCGUGGACGCCGCGGGUGGGCGGAACUGGUCGGGAUGAGUGGCGGAGGGACCGAGACCCCUGUAGCGUGCGACGCCGCCCAGGGCGGCGGAGGCAAGAAGCGGGACUCGCUGGGGACUCCGGGUGCGGCGCACCUCAUUAUCAAGGAUCUUGGAGAAAUUCAUUCAAGGCUGCUGGAUCACAGACCAGUUACCCAAGGUGAAAUCCGUUACUUUGUAAAAGAAUUUGAAGAAAAACGUGGUCUUCGAGAAUUGCGCGUCCUGGAGAACUUGAAGAAUAUGACCCAGGAGACAAGUGAGCGCCUGCUUCCCAGAUGCAGAGAGAGCAUGCAGGGCGGCCUGGGGGAGGCCCUGCAGAGACUGCAAGCAGCUAAUGAGUCCAUCUGCAGACUCCAGCAGAGAGAACAGGAACGGAAAAAGGUGAUUAAUGACCACUUGGCAGCUAGUGAGAAGCGCCGUAUGCUGCAGUGGGAGGAGUUCCUGAGAGGACAGCCGCAGCGCAGAGCUGAGGUGGAUGAGGAGCACAGAAGGGCCGUGCAGAGGCUCCGAGAGCAGUACGCAGCGAUGGAGAAGGACCUGGCCAAGUUCUCCACCUUUUAAGGAUUUGAUCUAAGAGAGCCAGGAGAAUGAGAAGCACGUUCUCGUCCCCAGAUCCUCCCUCCAACCAUGUAGCCUCUCCUUCAAGCUCAGCGGUCACUUGUAGGUCUGAAGAGAGACACCACAGGAGCCAGAUUCAUGUCCAGUGGAAGGCGAGUGCUUAUGCACUUAACUGACCAUCUGAAGAAGAGGAGGGAGCAUGGGACACGUCUACUGCUAAACAGAUUUGCUCUUUUCGGUGAUUAGCUUAGAGGGCCGAGGGUGUAGAUUUCGUCAAGGGUCCACUUCAUUCCUCCAAGGGUAAAUGGCUGGCACUGUGGGUUACCUGGCAGCUAUGACAGCGGCCCAUCACAGCAGCCUGUGACAGAGAUGCCAGAGUGGGCUUUGAACAGCUUGCUCUGCAGUGCAACACAGUGCCACGUGUCUCAUUGGUGACAAGACAUACCUGAUUGGUAGCCUGUGGGCACUUAAUAUUUUCAUUUUCUAAGCUGUGCUUAGGAGAAAAACCAAAACGUAUUUUGCCUUUUCCUCUCCAAGGACCAACAUCUUGCCCAUAGAACGUACCUUGCUUUCCUGCCUGAUUCGCUCUGGGCCAGCACUCUGAGGAAGGGCAUCUGUGCUUGUCUCAGCUGCUCAGUGAGUAGCCAACAGGAUCUGCCAAGAGGCCCCUCCCCGGCCAUGUUAAGAUGGGCUCUGAGUGGGCGGAAAUGCUCGCCCACACAGUGGGUAAUGUGUGUCAGAGAGAAAUCCUCGUCGUAUUGGCAUCUGUUCUGCACAGGUGUGUCCGGAUGGAACACCACUGUCCACCAGCACUGUGAUCUUUCCGUGCCUGCACUUAAUCUAAGGAAGGACAGCAUCAAAUGUCAUUUGCUGUAAACUAAACAGAAGUUCAUGUACUCAUCUGAGGAGAUGCAUAGCCAGUGGAUCUGAGGUGUGGAUGGGUCUUGCUAGUAUUUUCUGUUCUUCAGUAAAGAAGGGCAAGGCAGAAAAUCCCUAACUGCCGUGCUAUCUCGGUGUUCUCACUGCAGAAAAUUGACACUGCGUGCCUGUGUAAAUGUGUGGCUGACUGUGAAAGCUUCGGUCUUGGCUCAUGUUGAAAUGUGAUUAAAGCUAAUAGAAGAGAUGAAA